AUGGACGACCUUACCGACGAGCAGAUCCUGGCUUUGACGCAAGACAUCGUUGACAAGGAAGGCGAAAAUGUUCCUCUUGUUGGACAGAAGAAACAUAUCUCGGCGCUGGCCGAUGAGUUUGAGUGUGCAAGCCUGAUAUACCAAUUGAAAGUCGAGGCGCUAUCGCAGAAAUAUAGCAGCUACCGCAAGACUCGUGGGGAUGGAAACUGCUUUUACCGCGCAUUCGCCAUGGCUUACUUCGAGUCCAUACUCACUCGGCCAUCUCAUAACGAACUCUCACGUAUCGAAUCAAUCACCAAAUCUACUCUCGACCCAGCUGGUUUCGAGCCCAUCGCCUACGAGGAUUUCGCCGAUGUGACCUACGAGAUCUUAGAAAGUCUCCCACACGCCGUGGAAGAAGAUCUAGAACGACGUAUGGCUACGCCGGAGGAGAGUAACGCUGUUGUAGUCCACCUCAGAUUUCUUGCAAGUGCGUUCAUGAAAUUGCAUCCGGAGGAUUAUGAAGCUUUCUUGGAAGAACCACUCCGAACUUUCUGUGAGAAGUAUGUGGAGGCUGUUGGGAGGGAAGCCGACCAUAUCAUGAUUGCCGCUCUUGUCCGCGUGCUGGGUGUUGGCGUUGAUGUUGUGUAUCUGGAUCAAGGAGAGGGACUCGAACCCUUCGUGCAUGAGUUCCGUCCAGAAGGCAACGACGGUUCCGGUGUGGUGGUGAGGUUGCUCUACAGACCCGGACAUUACGAUAUUCUAUACACAGAAUAA